AUGCCCCACAAGAUCCAACCCCGCUCUCCGGUCCCUAACCAAACCAGCAUCAACCUCACCUCCAACCAAAAGCAGAGACACGAAACGCCAAAAUCACUCUAG